AUGGAAGCGGAUGAGGAUGAGGAAGACUUGGAGUCAAUUCUCCAGCAUGGUGCUCAAGCUCUAUUCAACGAUGACGAUUCCGCAGACAUCAAGUACGAUAUCCCGGCGAUUGACAAGCUGCUAGACCGAAGUCAAGUGGAGCAAGCAAAAGUUGACACCCACGGCGACGACUCGAACUCAAAUAAUCAAAACCAGUUCAACUUCGCUCGGGUGUGGCAGAUUGAUCGUGACAGUCUCGAAGAAGUGGUAGAGACAGAAGAUGCACCACUGGACAGCUCGGUGUGGCAACAAAUCUUGGAUGAGCGUGAGCGUGAAGCACAAGAGCAACUCAGUCGCAAGGAGGAAGGGCUUGGUCGUGGAAAGCGCAAACGCCCCACGAUCAGCUACAACACCAAAAUGCAAGUUGACGACGAAGAUGACACUGAGCUCACUCCCACAAACUCACCGAUGGCUAAGAUGCGCAAAACCGCUGCCGAUCACGACUACCAAGAACCCGAUCCCGCCGCCGCCGCAGAAAGCGAGUCUGAUGAUAACCUCGAUCCAAUGGAAGAUGAUGAUGUUCCGGGUAUGGUGAAUGCGGACAACCCCCCAGAGAUGGCGAAUGCGGACAAUCACCCUGGAACAGUGAAUGCAGACAACCAUCCCGAUAUGGUGAAUGUGGAGGACUACCCCACGCCUGGCGUGGAUUCUAGUCAACUAGCCACCCACAACUUCCCCCGCAUUGAGUCGCCGCCUCCCCUUCCCCAGGAUGGGUUUGAUGGUAUUGAGGAUGAAAACCUUUUGCGACCAUGCCAAGCAUGCCAGCAAAUCCAUUGGGCCGGUAGCUGCCCCCUUCGACUCGCAGGGCUUGAGUUCUGCCGCCUGUGCGGCCUGGCGCAUUAUGGAUAUCGGCGCGUGUGUCCACGAUUCCAAUCGGUCGAACAGAUUCAACAAUUGCUACAGGCGCUUGACCUGAGUCCAGAAGAACCCCAGUUGAUCUCUCUCGCUCGGAGGUACCUACAAACGUGCCUUCGCGGCAUCCAGAGUCGUGACAACAGGAUUGCCUCUGCUGCUCAAGCGAGUGCACAGUCGCUCACUUCGCCACCAAUUAACGAGGCAGGGAUUGGUCAUGCGGAUAGCAAUAAUACGGACGGUGGUGAGACAAUUGAUUUGACCCAGUAA